GAGAUCUUCUCUUCUCUCUCCUUCAACUUCCCUCGUCUUACUUAAUCCAGUCUAACCUGGUCUAUACAUUGAUUGACUUUCGACUCAACGACUUUUACUUGUAGGCGACACGAAUUGAAUUGUUUUUCCUUUAUUCUUGUAUGUCUGCUAGUCUGCUAGAAGAGGUCCUGUCUGCCUUGCGUGACUACGGAAAGUGCACUAUACAGCUGCCCGACCAAUCGCCGUUCCCGUUGGUCGUCCUCAUAACAUCCCAGAUUCCUCUUUCGCGCGAUUUGUCUCAAACUUCAGGCUGAUCGCGUUAAUGCUCGUGAAUAUUCUUAUAUCGAUCUCGACCGCGACCUCGACUUGUUUAUAGUGGAUUGAUUGUAUGCAGCCCGCACUAGCGCCGCAUCCCAGUAUGCAACAGAGCUCUUCUGCUCAGGAUCAUGCUGAUCAGGUCCUCCACGAUCAGCUUCUAGCUGCGCAACAACAUCUCCAAUCACAAGGUCAAGAAUCGCGUGCCCCAACCGGACAACAAGGUCAUAACAUCGAUCCUGCCAUAUCCGGUGGCGCCAUGCUUGCCCCUAACACGCAAGCAUCGUCCCUCGUGCUGCCGCAGGUCAUGUCCGGUGUACAGGAAGCUGCUUCGGGGAACGAUGCGUCUCGCAAGACGUAUGGUAAACGCGAACUAUCGACGUCGAAACGCGCCGAACAGAAUCGCGCUGCUCAAAGAGCAUUCCGACAACGAAAAGAAGGAUACAUCCGCCAAUUAGAAUCGCAAGUGAAAGACUACAAAGUCCUCAGCGAAAGCUACAAAGCUCUCCAAGCCGAAAACUACCAAUUACGAGAAUACAUCAUCAGUCUGCAAUCUCGUCUGAUUGAUUCGCAAAACGAGGUGCCCGCUUUACCGGAUAAUAUCGAUUUGACGCAGCCUAGGCCUGAGCCUCCAUUGGCGGAUUCGCAUCAAUCUGAAUCCUCGCCUCCGGCACAGCCACAACCACAAUCACAACAAACGCAGCAACAGCAACAACGACAACAUACAUUAGCCGCAGCACCAACACAAGUGCCCCCUCUAGCACCCCAUCAACAUCCCCACCAACCCUCCACAGCACCAUCAAGCAACACAAACGAAGAUAUCGGCCAACUGAACCGCAUCGCCGUCGCGGGUCUCGGUAUGCGCAAACACGGUCUUAGCAGUAGUCAGACCGACAGCAACAAUAAUAAUAAUAACAACAACAACAACAACAACAGAGACGGGGGAUACCCAUCAUAUCCAUGGAAACGUCCUCGAGGCGAUGAUUAUGCGGAUACGAGGAAUUCGGAAGUGAAAAUAGAGUCUAUUCAUGGGUUGCCUACUAUUUCUUAACCUUUCAUUUUUCGCUGCUGAUGGGUUUUAUUUAUAUUUAAAGGGGAGUAGGCGUUGAUGCAUUUGAAAGUGUUAUGGGGUUAUUCUGUUUUAAUAUGUUUCAAUAGGGCUGUUGAAUGAAAUAAUUCUUUCGUUUAGUCGGAUAUUAUCCAUUGAACGAUCAGCUGAGAUUAGAUCAGAAUGAUAAGGGCUGGCGUUGUGAUCAUUAAGCCCUAAUCGAGGGACAUAGUGGAGUAAUCACAGAAUGAUUUUGAAUGCAAGACAUGGCUAAAGCGUAACU